AUAAACCCUGGUGUGAAACUGGCUUUCUCACUGGACGGCUGUUGUUUUUGGCCAUUUUGCUGCUGUGAAGGUUCACUGAUGUGCAUGAAGAAAACACAGGGUCAAGAUGUGGGUCUUCAUAUUUCUCUACAUACUGAGUCUAAACAGUCAGGCCUCUGCAACAGAGAACUCAACGCAGAUGUAUUACGCUAAACUGAUAAUAGACAGAAGUGCAAUUGAAAUAAUCAGUUCGAACCUGAGCUUUUAUGUGAAAGACAACAACGUGAACAUCGACAACGUUAGAAUGACAACAAAAUGUGACAAAAACAACGGUAGUAAAACAUGUAGAUGCGAACAUGGCCACAAAUGGAGUGAUGAAGUUCUUCUCAAAGAGGGUUGUGAUGGGAAUAACUGUACCCUCAAGGCUGACUCUAAUUCAAUGUGCACUUUAAACACUACAGUUGAUAUCACGGGGAGAUUCAAACUGGGCGGAGAUAACUAUACUGAUUGUCUGACAGAUAAGGCCUCAUCCAAAUAUAUUAGCUGUCAUGCACGUCUGUUAAAUCAGAUGAAAACCCUAUACAGUAAAAUAAGAGGAUUUGACAGUCUGGCAAUAAUACAAUUCAGUCUCGGGAGCAUUAUUGUUGAUUUUACAAUGAAGAUCGUCUCUGACGUUAGUUCGGGAGAACUGUUUAAUAAAUCUACAGACCUGACAGAAACUCUAACAGGCAGUAUGACUUUGGAGACAAAAGGCAUUGUCAAUUUGGAAGUAUCAAAGGCAUCAGUGCCGUAUGACAGCAAAACUGUUGUUAUUUGUAAAACUGAGAGAGAGCUUAAAGCCAAACCACAGUGGAACCUGAAUAGAGAAGAUGGAUCGUUUCUCAUAACUAAUGGCAGCAUCUCAAAAGUAGAAAUUAAAGAAAAAGAAAGUUCAGUCACGAUUAAAAAUGUUAGCGAACUCUGGCAAGGAGAGUACGUAUGUCUUUUUGUUGAAAAAGAAGGUCAAAUAACCAUAAACCAUAAAGCCAAUGAUACAAUGGAUGUAUGCCUCAAACCAAAGAUCGACAUUUCCGCAGAUCCGGCAUUUCCCUUGUGUAAGACAGAAGAAGAUAGUGUUCUUUAUGUGAUCGUGAAAUGUGAGAUAAAGAAUACCACCGAAAAAUACAAUGUGAGCUGGCAAGAAGGUGCCAUUGUAUUACCCAUGACUACAGACAAAGACAAACUGAUUUAUUCAGCUAAAAUAAUAGUUGACUGUAAGAAAGACAAGGGGAAUUCUUCUCCAGAUUCAUAUUGCGACUUUACUAAUGAGUGCAACCAAGUCCAAAAGGCAUCUAUGACGGUCGAAGUCAUUUAUCCUCAGGAUCCAUAUUGUUCAGCAGAAGGUGAAUGGGGAAACACCAAGGCCGGCUUUACUGCAGAAAUAAAAUGCCAGGAUAAAGCUGGAACAAGAGAACGAAAGUGUUCACUUGGGGGAAAAGGCCGGGAAGGGAUAUGGGGUGACGAGGUUUCACAGUGUGUUGAACAGGACCUCGCUAAUGUGCUGGAAAGUGCUACAAUUAGUGACAUUGGACUUGGUAUACUGGCUACAAAUGCUGCAAUAGUAUUUGAACGCUUUGUGAAGGUCACAAAGACAUCAAAAUUACCUGGUUAUGCUAACAUAAAUACAUCGGUCGCAGUACUUAGCACCAUGGAUAAAAAGUUAAAUAACAGUGUUAUUACAAAUGAGACAGCAAUAGAAAAUUUUCUAUUCUCAUCCAGUCAUUUGCUGAAUAAAAGUCUUGAAGACUCGUGGAAUAAAGAUACCACUGACAACACUUCAAUGGCUGAGAAAUUCAUGCUUUCUGUUGAGAAUUUAAUUAAAAUAUCAAAUAUGACAGGGGGGACUAAGAAAGAAAAUCUGCACGUGGAUGUGUGCAAUAGCUCCAACUGCAACAUCACCGUUUUCAAUGUUUCAGUUGUUCUUUCAGGUGGAGUGAAUGUGAAAACAGCUGCAUUCAAACAACUGGAUAAAUAUUUGCCCAAUCUUGACAAUAAAACAGAGGUCAACAGUAUCAUUGUAUCCACAACUGCAGAUAGCUAUAGUGACAUUACCCUAAAGUUUGAAAUGAUCAAGCCAAGACCUCGUAAUGUUGAGCUAAAAUGUGUGUUUUGGGACAAUGAAAAACAUGCGUUUUCAUCAGACGGAUGUAGGUGGGAGGGUCCCUCUAAGGAGGGCCACUGCACAUGUGAUCAUCUUUCCUCGUUUGCAUUGCUACUGUCCAAGGAGCCCCUGGACGUCCCUGGUUUGACUUAUCUAACUUAUGCAGCUCUGUCAGUAUCAGUGUUGUCACUCAUUGUCACUCUUGUAAUAGAACUGAUAGUCUGGAGCGAUGUAGUCAAGACGAGUACACUAUAUUUACGCCACACUGCCCAUGUGAACAUUUGUCUGUGCUUGCUGAUCGGUAACCUCUGCUUUUUGGCAUCUUCUUCCAACCCAGAGAAUAUUUCAGACCUCUGGUGUCGAACCUCUGCGGUGCUGAAGCAUUUCUGCUAUCUGGCUAUGUUCUUUUGGACGUUUUGUUUGAGCGCCACACUUCUUCAUCAGGCAGUGUUUUUGUUCCACAAGGUGAGCAAGGCAAACUAUCUGAGGUUCUCGUUGGUUGUAGGCUACGCCAUCCCCUUGAUCAUAGUCUUUGUCACAUUUCUUACCUGCAACGGUGGAGCUGAGGGGGUAUAUUACUUGGAGAAGACCUGCUGGCUGGUUUAUGGCGGACUGUUUAAAGGCACUUUUUAUACGUUUAUCAUUCCAGUUGGAGCAAUUGUUUUCAUUAAUGUGUUCUCAAUGCUUGUGGUCAUCAUGAAGCUCAUAAGCCACCACUCAGAAAUACACCAAAAAACUGACAUUUCACCAGAAAAGGAGAAAGCAGCAGCCAAAACUGUUGUGAGAUCCAUUAUCCUACUGACCCCGAUUUUUGGUGUGACGUGGAUCUUUGGAUUUGCCAUUUUGAUUUUUGAUCUCACAAGCGGACCCGCAGCAUAUGCAUUCGAAUACAUCUUCACCGUACUCAAUGGAUUCCAGGGCUUCUUCAUUUUGUUGACCACAUGCUUCUUAGACAGAAUGACUCGUGAGGCUCUACUGAAACACAUUAAGAAGAAAGUAGGUGCACCGCAACUACAAUUACAUGAUACCAUGGCUAUUUCUCUUGUAUGUCUUAUUGCCAUUUCUUCUUCCCUCUGAUCUCCAGGCUCCA